AUCAGCCCCGUGGAGUUGGCCGUAAUCUGGGGCAACCACAGGGCGCUAGAGAAGCUGUUGAAGCAUCCGCAGCUGAGGCUGACAUCGCAUUCCAAGCUGCUGAACGCGGUUAUCAGUCGCCUGGGUGAGCAGCCACUGGACGACUUCUGUGACCACCAGCGCUGCUUCCAGAUGCUGCUCGAGAGCGAUCGUGUGGACAUCAAUGAGGCGGACAAGGCUGGCCUGGUGCCACUCUCCUAUGCGGUCAAGUAUCGCAACACAAAGGUGGCACAGGAGCUUCUACGGCAGGGAGCGUACAUCGGGGCGAGAAGCGCGUUCGGAGAUCUUCCCAUACAGGAGAUGGACCCGAAAGUGCUGGAGGAGCACUUCGAUUCCUGCAUCACCACCAACGGGGAGAAGCCCGGUGACCAGAGUUUCGAGAUCAUCAUCAACUACAAGAAUCUGAUGAGACGCCAGCGAGAGCCCGGGCAGUCGGACAAGCGGAGCAUUGGCCAUCUUCACCAAUUGGAGGACGAGAUGACUCCAAUCGCACACAUCGCCGAUUCCAAGGAGCUGCGUUACCUGCUGCAGCACCCGCUAAUCUCGAGUUUCCUCUUCCUCAAGUGGCACCGCCUCUCGGUGAUCUUCUAUCUGAACUUUCUACUUUACUCUCUCUUCACUGCCUCCAUUAUCACGCAUACGCUCCUUAAGUUCCACGAAAGCGACCACACGGGCCUGACUGCACUCUUCGGCCUGUUAUCUUGGAUAGGGAUUGUGUAUCUCAUGAUCCGAGAGGUGCUUGCCAUGUCGCCGCUGCUGUACUUCAGGUCCAUCACGAACUUGAUGGAGGUGGCUCUCAUUGUCUUGUCGAUCCUAACCUGCAUGGAAGCCAGCUACGACAAGGAGACGCAGCGCAUACUGGCCGUCUUCACCAUUCUGCUGGUGUCCGUGGAGUUCUGCCUGCUGGUUGGCUCCCUGCCAGUACUCUCAAUUUCGACGCACAUGCUCAUGCUGAGCGCCGUCUCCAGCAGCUUCAUCAAGAGCUUUGCUCUCUACUCGAUCUUUGUGCUUACAUUUAGUCUGUGCUUCUACAUACUGUUUGGCAAGCCCCAGGUGGAUUCCUCCUCUCCGAAGGUCUGCACGCAAGAGCCAGCAAAGGAGGGAGAAGAUGAUGGUAACUUCAACACAUUCUCCGUGCCCAUCGAGGCGCUCAUCAAGACGAUUGUGAUGCUCACGGGAGAAUUUGAUGCCGGUGACAUAAAGUUUGACAGCGUCUACACUUACCUGAUCUUCCUGCUCUUUGUGUUCUUCAUGACCAUUGUGCUGUUCAAUCUCCUGAAUGGUCUGGCUGUCAGCGAUACUCAGGCCAUCAAGGCCCAGGCGGAACUGAACGGCGCCAUUGUCCGCACCAAUCUGCUGACCCGCUACGAGCAAGUUCUC